ACAGCAGGAGCUCACCUCUGCUACUACCACAAAGGAAAUGAUCAGUUGCAAGUUGGUGUGGAAGUGGAAACAAACCUGAGAUUAGGUGAAAGUGUUGCAACGAUUGGCUAUCAGAUUGAUUUACCCAAGGCCAACCUUGUAUUUAAAGGUACUGUUGACAGUAACUGGACUGUAGGAGCAGUUCUUGAGAAGAAGUUGCAACCUCUUCCAUUCACUCUUGCUCUAAGUGGAAUGUUGAAUCAUGCUAAAAAUCAAUCACGGUUUGGUUGUGGACUUAUUAUAGGAUAGUCAUCAGAUACUAUAUGUAGAUAACUUAGAAAUAUUUUAAUGCAAAACUGCAAGUCAAGCUGAACACAUUAGUUUACCGUGACGAGAAGGAUGCAGCUUGUGAUUUUUUAAAGAGACAUUAUAUAUAAUUUACCAUUGCUGUUCAUUAAGAUUGAGCCAAAUGGGCUAUAAGUGCACUCAUUUUUAGCAUUGUUACAGUUAGAAAAAAAUUUGUGUUAUCAGCUUCAUUGUUUAACGAACGAACGUGUCAUAAAAGCCAAUAAAAUAGAUUUAUUCUUAAGUUCAUGUGGAUAUUGUUUUCUGUAUUUGAUUGUUGAUUUCAUGUGACAAGAUUCAAUACAACAAUUUUCAUGUGCUCUUCGUUAAAAAAUUCAAACAGCUAAAAUUCAAGCUGUUCUGUAUUCGUUUUAAAUUGCAUUUAGUCACUGCUGUAGUUCCCAAACGUACAGUAAAUUAGUCUAACACAGACAGCUUACAGCUUUGUCUUACUCAAGCUAUUCAUGAUAUGUUUAUACUUAAGAAUGUGAAAACUGUUUGUGUAACACAACCAUUAAAAACAAGCAUACUUCAGAGGCAGUCUAAAACCCAAAUAUUAUGGCAAACUCAUACAUUAAGUUAAUUAUAUUUAUUCAGUAACUUAAGAAAUGAACUUUAAUAAUACAGUGAAAGACAAUAUAUGAACUUUUUAUUUCCUUUUAGAAGAAAUUAGUUUGAGGAUAGGAAAGCAAUAGUGAAGUAUAAAAUCUGAAAUUCAUUGCUCAAUUUAAUAUUUAUAAUUACUUUGAAUAUUCUGCAACAUUUGGACAUUCAUAUUCCACCAAUCUUAUUUAAAUGUUUAGUGUGACCCAGAGUUUGUGUAGGACUUUGUAAGAAUCAUAAAUAGUUACCAAACUAUGUUGUAAUCUAAAUUCUAUAUUUAUUACUUGCAAUCAAAAUGUACUUAUGUUUCUUAUUUCAGAACUAUAUAUAUAUCCUGAGAAAAAAAUGUGCUUUGAUCAAGUUAUAUGGUGAAAAUUAAAUUAGUUUCCAGCAACAAACAAAAGUUUUAACAAAAGUGUAAAAGAACAUCAGAAAAUAGUUACAUCAGCCAUAAAUAUGAUUGAACAGUAAUCUUUGAUAGGUUGUUUAGGCAGAGUAUUCAUAAUGAAUCUAAGUUUCAAAUGGACAGCAACUGCCUGUUGUAGAAACCUACCUGAAGACGAAAGGCGGA